UAAUUAAAUAACUUGUUUUUUAUUAUAUAUAAACUAAAUUGUGUUUGGAAGACGGUUCUUAUUAUUUCUUAGCGCGGCUGAGUUUGAUGCAAGUGUGCUAAUAUUUCAAAUCAUUCAGUCUUAUCUAAAUCAAUUUAGAUUAGGUUUACUUAAAAUGUUCUUAAAAGUUAUAAUAUCUAUAAAUGUAUGAUAAAACAUAGUAGGUACUAUUUAGUACAUUACACUAUUUAGUAUCUAUAAGUCAUAAUAAUUCAUGUCUCACAAAUCAUAACGUUCAUAGGUACUAAAUAGCCUUAGAAGUUGUUUUUGGUUGUUAACUAGUGUAACAAGGCACUAAAAAAAAGAAUAUCAAACAUUUUGAUUACAAAACACAAUAUUAUGUAAUGUGCUGAUAUCAUUCUAGAUUAACUUAAAAAAAACUUUUGAAAACGAUGGUAAUAAUUACCAUUUGUUUAUUUGACAUGACCUAACCCAACAUAGUAACAUGUAAAUACAAUGAAAUUCUGAAAAAAUAAACAAAGAAAAAUUCAAUUCAAUAAAAAAAAUUAUUCUAAAUGAUUACACGUCAUUGAAAUUGUACACAGUAUGUAUAUGCAAUCUUAUUUAUUAUUAAAUAUUCAAAAGGUGACUUAAUCACAUAGGUUGACGACGAACGGUCUUUAUGCGGUUAUAAUAAGGCAAUUUCGAGACCAAAAUUUUUCAAACGUCAGAAAAUCUUCAAAUAUAUGGAGUUCUAUAUUUUUUUUUAAUAAAAAUUUCGAUGAAAACGGCCACAUGCCCUCACACGAAUGUUUACAUAUUUUGUCUUUAUUCAUUAGAACAUAAAAAUCCUUGCUCAACAGUUAUUAUUACGAAUAUACACGGUCGCCGUUGGUAACGAAGAAAAUAUUUCGACGAAACUUGUUAUAUUGCUUGCUGGGCCGUUCACGAGAUGGGCAACAUUGAGGUAAGGCCGACAUCACCGUCAUUGUCGGACAACGACAGCAACGCAGACAACGAUGCGACCGCGUCGUCCUCUGAAGUCGUACCGUCGUCUGCGCGCGUGAACAACGACUGUGACGACGACGGCGGUGAUGGCGACGACGACGAUGACGACGACGACGACGACGACGAAGACGACGUCGUUCAAUCGGAAAUCGAAAAUCGGACGAAUGUUCCAAACCGGACAAAUCGUCAGCAGCGGAGGACUUCGGGUCGGCGAAAGGACGUCGUGAGGCGGAACAGACAGACUGUGGCCGCGAACGAAGACGGACGGGGCGACACCGAACAGCCGCUGUGGUCGGUCGUGGUGGACGACCACGCGGGAGGGUCAUCGCAGGCGGCCGCCGGACGUCGGGCACGGACAAGCCGACCACUGCAGGUCCGAGAACGGUCGCGGUCACCGUGUACGCGGUUGUCGUGUUCGCGGACACACCACCGCAACCCAAGCAGAGUCAGCCGUCGCAGUCGCCGUUGGUCGCCAGAUCCAGCCGAGCCCGUCGUCAUGAUUGCGGCCGAAGAACAGGUCGUGGUAGCCAAACCUCAGCCCCGCCCUCGCAGGUCCAAAAGAACAACGGCCGGACAGUUGAGGAGGAGUUGAUAUAACGGAGACCGUUAUGAAUGAUUUUUUAAACGACUUAAAAAAAGCUAUUCUUACCGAUUGUGCACUCG